AUGAGCUGGGGAGGAGAAAAGAGUUACUACAGGAGAAAGGAGUUACUACAGGUACAGGAGCUGGGGAGGAGAAAGGAGUUACUACAGGUACAGGAGCUGGGGAGGAGAAAAGAGUUACUACAGGUACAAGCACAGGUCCAGGAGCUGGGGAGGAGAAAAGAGUUACUACAGGUACAGGAGCUGGGGAGGAGAAAAGAGUUACUACAGGUACAUGAGCUGGGGAGGAGAAAGGAGUUACUACAGGUACAGGAGCUGGGGAGGAGAAAGGAGUUACUACAGGUACAGGAGCUGGGGAGGAGAAAGGAGUUACUACAGGUACAAGCACAGGUCCAGGAGCUGGGGAGGAGAAAAGAGUUACUACAGGUACAGGAGCUGGGGAGGAGAAAAGAGUUACUACAGGUACAGGAGCUGGGGAGGAGAAAGGAGUUACUACAGGUACAUGAGCUGGGGAGGAGAAAGGAGUUACUACAGGUACAGGAGCUGGGGAGGAGAAAGGAGUUACUACAGGUACAUGAGCUGGGGAGGAGAAAGGAGUUACUACAGGUACAGGAGCUGGGGAGGAGAAAGGAGUUACUACAGGUACAUGAGCUGGGGAGGAGAAAGGAGUUACUACAGGUACAGGAGCUGGGGAGGAGAAAGGAGUUACUACAGGUACAGGAGCUGGGGAGGAGAAAGGAGUUACUACAGGUACAGGAGCUGGGGAGGAGAAAGGAGUUACUACAGGUACAGGAGCUGGGGAGGAGAAAGGAGUUACUACAGGUACAGGAGCUGGGGAGGAGAAAGGAGUUACUACAGGUACAGGAGCUGGGGAGGAGAAAGGAGUUACUACAGGUACAGGAGCUGGGGAGGAGAAAGGAGUUACUACAGGUACAGGAGCUGGGGAGGAGAAAGGAGUUACUACAGGUACAGGAGCUGGGGAGGAGAAAGGAGUUACUACAGGUACAGGAGCUGGGGAGGAGAAAAGAGUUACUACAGGUACAGGAGCUGGGGAGGAGAAAGGAGUUACUACAGGUACAAGCACAGGUGCAGUGUUUCUGCUGA